ACUAACUUCCUUAGUAACUAAGAAGGACAAUCUCAUUUCAUUUGCUCAUUUUCACAUCCCCCAACAAAAGUUAGAGUUUGAAGCACAACAUAAACAAAGCAAAUUGAGUGUCACCUUUUUAAAUGGGAAACAAAGCUGAAGACAGAACAAGAAGCAGCUAACAAAUGACAAAGUAGAGAUAGAGUUAGAGUUAGAGUGAGAGUGAGAGACAUGUAUAGGUUCAGCAACACAGUGAUCGGGUUCUUGAACUUGUUUACACUUUUAGCAUCCAUACCAAUAAUUGGAGCAGGUCUAUGGAUGGCAAGGAGCAGCAUAACCUGUGAAAAUUUUCUCCAAACCCCUCUUUUGGUUAUAGGAUUUGUUGUGCUGGUGGUAUCACUGGCAGGCUUCAUUGGUGCAUGCUUUCAUGUGGCAUGUGCACUAUGGUUGUACUUGGUGGUCAUGUUGUUGCUCAUAGCAGCACUGAUGGGUUUGACCAUAUUUGGUUUUGGUGUGACUAGCAAGGGUGGUGGUGUUGAAGUGCCUGGAAGGGUGUAUAAGGAGUAUCAUCUUCAGGAUUACUCACCAUGGCUGAGGAAGAGAAUACAGGAUCCUCGCUAUUGGAGCACAAUCAGAAGCUGUAUUUUGGGGUCUAAAACUUGUGAAAAGCUUGCCUCUUGGACCCCUCUUGAUUACAUGCAGAGAGAUAUGUCUCCAAUACAGUCUGGAUGUUGUAAGCCACCAACUGCUUGCACUUACAACAUGGCAGCAAUGAUGAUGACACAAGACCCUGAUUGCUACAGGUGGAACAAUGCCCCCAAUUUGCUCUGCUAUGAGUGUGAUUCUUGCAAAGCUGGUGUGCUUGAAGACAUAAGAGGGAAUUGGCACAAGCUCUCGGUUCUCACUGUCACCAUGCUUGUGCUUCUCAUAGGAAUUUAUUCCAUUGGCUGUUGUGCUUUCAGAAACACAAAAAGAGCUGAAACGGAUUAUCCCUAUGGUGAAAACAGGAUGACCAAAGUUCGACCCAGAUGGGAUUACCAUUGUUGGAGGUGGUUACAUGACAGAAGAGAACAACUUUAUUAGAAGAGAAACUCUGCUAUGAGCCAUGUUUGGGUGCUCCAUUCCAUAGUGGAAGAAUUCAGUAGUUUCUCAGUGUAUGGUGUAGAAGGCCUAAAGGCCUUUGUUUCUACCACCUUUCCCAAAUGGUUGCUUUUGUAUGUAUAAAGCAUAAUUAUGCUUUUUGUGCAAUUACUUUAUUUUGCCUUUUCUCAUUAGUGAAUGAUGGUUUUUAAUUUUAAUA